CAUCCUUUCAACGGCCUGUAGCUCUCACUCUUUCACUUUAGCCUCUUGUGUCUACUCUUAUCCCUGCGAGUUAUCAGAGUUUUUGAUUCAAUCUUAACAUACAUCAAAAGUUUCACAAACUUUUUCCGAAUUUAUUUCGAAAUAAUAUAGUUUGUAUUGUUUUGGCGUAAUAUUUUGAAGAAUCAAAUUUCAGUUAUGAAGCAGAUGUUGGCGAGAACCGCCUUGCUAUUGGCGGCUCUGACUGCUGUUGUUUUUGGUGCGGAAAAAGAGUGUGGCCCCUGUAUCCCAGAGGCUUGCUCGCCACCCACUAAAUGUCUGGCUGGAAUGGUAAAGGACCGCUGUGGAUGUUGCUUCGUCUGCGGUCAGUUGGAAGGACAACUAUGCGACUAUGAAGCAGCUUCUCUCCCACAGAAGUACAAACAUGGUCACUGUGGGGAUAACAUGGAAUGCCGACUGAGGAACGACCUCCCUCCUGGUGAUCCUCCUGAGGCUCUUUGCUUCUGUCUUGAAGAAGAACCGCUUUGUGGCAAUGACGGACAGACAUACGGAACAAGCUGUCAGUUGAACCAAGCCAGGAAUAAACGUCGGGAUGAUGGACUUCAUGCGGUCAGCAGAGGACCCUGUGAAUCUGGUGAGUACACUUAUAUGUCAUGAUAAAACCCUUUUAUU